AUGUCUGGACGCGGAAAGCAAGGCGGCAAGGCGCGCGCCAAGGCCAAGUCGCGGUCGUCGCGCGCCGGGCUGCAGUUCCCGGUGGGCCGGGUGCACCGGCUGCUGCGCAAGGGCAACUACGCCGAGCGCGUGGGCGCCGGCGCCCCAGUGUACCUGGCGGCCGUGCUCGAGUACCUGACGGCCGAGAUCCUGGAGCUGGCGGGCAACGCGGCGCGCGACAACAAGAAGACGCGCAUCAUCCCGCGCCACCUGCAGCUGGCCGUGAGAAAUGACGAGGAGCUCAACAAGUUACUCGGAGGUGUCACCAUCGCGCAGGGCGGCGUGCUGCCCAACAUCCAGGCCGUGCUGCUCCCCAAGAAGACGGAGAGCCACAAGCCCGGCAAGAGCAAGUGA